UUGCAUUGGAGAAGACAAGGAAAGGAGGACGCCCGCUGGAGCUUCGGAGCUUUCUUUCGGGCUCGGACGCCGCCAGUCACCAUGGGAUGCUGCACCGGGCGCUGCACUCUCAUCUUCCUCUGUACUCUGCAGCUGCUCUCAGCAUUAGAGAGGCAGAUCUUUGACUUCCUUGGCUUCCAGUGGGCACCAAUUCUUGGAAAUUUUCUACACAUAAUAGUUGUCAUCUUGGGCUUGUUUGGAACCAUUCAGUUUAGACCUCGAUAUAUAGUGGUGUACACGGUGUGGACUGCCCUCUGGGUCACCUGGAAUGUUUUCAUUAUCUGCUUUUAUUUAGAAGUAGGCGGGCUGUCUAAGGAUACCGACCUAAUGACAUUUAACAUCUCAGUGCACCGAUCUUGGUGGCGAGAGCACGGACCAGGCUGUGUACGGAGAGUGCUACCACCUUCGGCUCACGGAAUGAUGGAUGACUACACUUAUGUCUCGGUGACAGGCUGUGUGAUUGACUUUCAGUACCUGGAGGUCAUCCACAGUGCCAUCCAAAUACUGCUUUCUUUGAUUGGCUUUGUGUAUGGCUGUUAUGUGAUCAGUGUUUUCAUGGAGGAAGAGGACAGCUUUGACUUCAUAGGUGGACUUGACACACAUUCCUACCAUCAGUCCCCCCAGGAUCAUGUUGAAUUAAAGCCUGUUAAACCUAUAGAACUAAACAACAAGUGCUUAUCCACUGAUUGA